UGGAUGUUGAAUAUUAGAAAUGUUGCGGAAUUGUUGAUCUCCUCGUUAUAUUAAGGUCAACCGUCAAGGUAUAAACAGAAUUGGAUCACUUCCACUUCGUUUAAUUUAUACGAAGUUAAAAUUUAUGACCGUUCAAAAAACAGGUUCGAAUGUAUUACGUUUAAAUAUUCUAAAAUAAUUUUUUUCACAAUAGUCAUGUAGUACUACAUGUUUUUGGUCCAUGGAAAUUGAAACGAAAGGAACAUUUGUGUCGUCCACUUUGUGAAUUAAAGUUCGUUCGAAAAUGUGUGUUAGAGAUGUCUUUGGAGAAGUGGACGUGUAGUAUCUCCUUUAAAUACUUCUGAAUUGGUUAGACAGUGGGAUUAUUGUCUUUUCUCCUUUUAAUUGGAUUCCAACUGGUCUAUGGGUCAAAAGCAACCAAAAUUAAAACAAGAUGCUGUUGAAGAACUACUAAACCAAACAUCUUUUACGGAAACUGAAAUUCAAGACUGGUAUAAGGGAUUUUUAAAGGAAUGCCCAACUGGUUAUUUAUCUAUUGAUGAUUUUAAACGUGUUUAUACAAAGUUUUUCCCAUAUGGUGAAUCUAGUCGGUUCGCAGAGUAUGUAUUUCGUACAUUUGAUCAAAAUCAUGAUGGUUUAAUUGACUUUCGAGAUUUUCUAUCUUCAUUAAAUAUAACUAAUCGUGGUGAUUUAUCACAGAAAUUACGUUGGGCAUUCACGAUGUAUGAUUUAGACAAUGAUGGUUAUAUAUCAAAACAAGAUUUAAUUGAAGUUCUUACUGCUAUUUAUGCAAUGGUUGGCUCUGCUGUUGAAUUCAAUGUUACAGAUUCUACACCGGAAAAACGAGCAGAAAAAAUAUUUCAUUUGAUGGACUUAGAUAGAGAUAAUCGUUUGUCAUUAGAUGAAUUUAUAAAUGGUGUAAAAUGUGAUAAAUUAUUAAUGCGUUUGUUGACUUUCAAUACUCAUUCGUUGCAUCAUCAACAUUCAGAUUAUCUAAUGAACGGGUCAAAUGAUAACAAAGGAUGCUCAUGUACAGAUACCCAUUAUAAUCAUCAAUCUAAUGAUUAUGAUAAUACAGUCAAACCAAUUGUAAAUCAAUCGUUUUCCAAACAGAAUGUUAUUCCUGAUACCUCAGAGUCUUAAAACAGAUUCAUUUUUUGCAUAUGAAAC